AUGGCCAGACUCACCGAGGGCGAGGUGAGGAGGCAGCCGCCGCCGCUCCCGCCAGCGCCGCAGCCGCCGCGCCGAGCCUCCCCCAUGAGCAGCAGCGGCGGCGCGGAGCCCCCCGCGCAGCCCGACAGCAUGAAGGACCUGGAUGCCAUCAAGCUCUUCGUGGGGCAGAUCCCGCGCAACCUGGAGGAGAAGGACCUCAAGCCGCUCUUCGAGCAGUUCGGCAAGAUCUACGAGCUCACCGUGCUCAAGGACCGCUACACCGGCAUGCACAAGGGUUGCGCAUUCCUCACGUACUGUGCCAGAGACUCUGCCAUCAAAGCCCAGACAGCACUGCAUGAACAGAAGACUUUGCCAGGGAUGGCGCGCCCGAUUCAAGUGAAACCCGCAGACAGCGAGAGCCGUGGAGGUAGGGACAGGAAGCUCUUUGUGGGCAUGUUAAAUAAGCAACAGUCAGAGGAUGACGUACUCCGGCUCUUUGAACCAUUUGGGGUGAUUGAUGAAUGUACGGUGCUCCGUGGACCUGAUGGUAACAGCAAAGGCUGUGCUUUUGUAAAGUUCUCAUCUCACACAGAGGCUCAGGCAGCAAUCCACGCACUCCAUGGCAGCCAGACAAUGCCCGGCGCCUCCUCCAGUCUAGUGGUGAAGUUUGCUGACACAGAUAAGGAGAGGACCCUGCGUCGUAUGCAGCAAAUGGUGGGGCAGCUGGGGAUAUUCACUCCAUCUCUCACCUUGCCGUUCAGCCCAUACAGCGCCUAUGCGCAGGCUCUGAUGCAGCAGCAGACGACAGUUCUCUCCACGUCCCACGGCAGCUACCUGAGCCCAGGCGUCGCCUUUUCGCCUUGCCACAUCCAACAGAUCGGUGCCGUCAGUCUCAACGGGCUGCCAGCCACUCCUAUUGCACCAACAUCAGGGCUACAUUCACCACCUCUCCUGGGAACAGCAGCCAUGCCAGGACUGGUGGCACCCAUUUCAAAUGGCUUCACUGGAGUGGUACCAUUCCCAAAUGGGCAUCCAACCUUGGAAACAGUUUACACCAAUGGCCUUGUGCCAUACUCAGCCCAGAGCCCUUCAGUAGCAGAGACUUUGCACCCAGCCUUCACAGGAGUUCAGCAGUAUGCAGCUGUGUAUCCAACCCCUACCAUCACCCCCAUUGCUCAGAGCAUUCCUCAGCCACCUCCCAUCCUGCAGCAGCAGCAACGAGAAGGUCCUGAAGGCUGCAAUCUCUUCAUCUACCAUCUCCCUCAGGAGUUUGGAGACAAUGAGUUGAUGCAAAUGUUCCUGCCCUUUGGCAACAUCAUUUCCUCCAAGGUAUUCAUGGAUCGUGCCACCAACCAGAGCAAGUGUUUUGGUUUUGUAAGCUUUGACAACCCAUCCAGUGCACAGACUGCUAUCCAGGCCAUGAAUGGCUUCCAGAUUGGCAUGAAACGUUUGAAGGUCCAGUUAAAACGACCCAAGGAUGCUAACCAUCCCUACUGA